AUGGCUGACGAUGACGCUGGGGCGUUGUCCCUCAGCGACUGGCAAAUUCCCGAUGUCGCUUCCCCGGCCGACAGCUCCAAGUCUGACAGCGAGGUGGAUGAGAAGACCUGUACUGACCCGAAUGCGCCUUCACAACCAAUCCAGAAGCGCCGGCGAGUUACUCGCGCUUGCGAUGAAUGCCGCCAAUGCACCUAUGACAAGCCGUCGAACCGUCGAAGAAACCCUGCGCCGCAAUAUAUCGAAGCGUUGGAAAGCAGACUACAACGGGCAGAGACUCUGCUACGAAAAUUUAUGCCAGAUGUCGAUUUAGCGGAUCCAAAUCUGGACCCAGCCAUCCAACAAGAGUUCCACAAUCGUGAACAAGCACGCGCGGGAGCCGGCAAAAUGCGAUCCGCCGCUCCAGGGGCGCCAGAUGCCGGUGAUGCUAAGCUCAUGACCAUGAUUGACUCAAUAGGCCAGCUUGAUUUGGAUGACAGAGGAGGAUGGGAUUUUCAUGGCACCUCCUCAGGUGCCGUCUUUCUGAAGAGAAUGAAGGAACAAUUCCGCGGGCUCCUUGGUCCAGUUACCAAAGCACCUUUUUUACCACGCGCCGAACGUCCGUCAGGGCUCACUGCGCUUGAUACACCUUCUCCUGCGGCUGGUGCAUCUCCAUUUUCGUCAAUCUCUGCGUAUCCCGAACUCCCACCCAAGGAUGUCGCCAGGAAACUUUGUUAUUACUCCCUCAGCUGCGCAACGUGUCUCGUUCGAAUUAUCCAUAUACCAACAUUUUACGAAAAAUUCGAGCAGAUUUAUGGUAGGCCAAUCGGAAGUCUCAAUCAGGAAGAGACUCACUUUUUGGGACUUGUUCAUGCGGUCAUCGCUUUGGGAUGCAUGUACGACAACCUCGAAGACUCCAACCCCACGGCUGGAGGCUACAAGACGGCGAUUGAGAACGGGCACCUGGAGCACGAAAAGAUUGGAGUGGUUGAGCAAGAAGUCCGCAAGCGAGUGUUUUACGUCAUUCGGCAGAUGGACAUCUACGUAUCUACCAUGCUUGGCUUCCCGCUUCUUCUCAAUAUCGAUGACAUUGACCAGCCGUUCCCGACCGAAGUUGACGACGAGUUUAUCACAAACACGGGCAUCAUGCCACCUCCCCUCGGCACGCCCUCAUUCUUUGAAGCCUUUAAUGCUCAUACUCGCUUGAUGGAAGUGCUUGGCAAGAUUACCAAGUUUGUGUAUCCUAUGCACAUGCAAGGGCAACCGGCUGGAAAGGGAGACAACAGCACGACGUCUUGUCUCAUUAGCUACGGCCGCAUCAAAGAAAUUGAGGCCGAUUUGCAGACUUGGGUGAGACACCUCUUGCGUUUCGCAUAUGCUCACGUUCAGCUCGUAUUAUACCGACCCUUCCUUCAUUAUAUUUCCCCGCGACACAAUCACGGGACUAAGGUUGAUGAAUUAUCAUAUGCAUGCGCGGCUGCCGCCGUAAGCGUGUCGCGUAACAUUGUGCAUAUUGGACUAGAGAUUCGAAAGCAGCGCGUCCUCAGUGGACCUUACUGGUUCAUGCUCUACACCGAAUUCUUUGCCGUACUCUCUCUUGUGUUCUACGCCAUUGAGAAUCCCGACAAACUUGGUUCACAAGAAGUCCUGGCCGAUGCUCAUGCUGGGCGUCAAAUGAUUGCUGACCUGGCAGACAAGAGUCUCUCGGCUGACAGAGUCACCAAAGCAUUAAAGGUGCUCUUCGACCAACUUCCCGAAAGGCUGGAGCAGGCCCGUUUGGCAAGACCUGUAGGCAAUUCCAGGAAGCGGUCUGCCGCGGGAUUCAAGUCUGGGUCGAUAUCAACAACGCGCGCAGGCACCAGUCAAACUAUACCAGUGGCUAGGGCCGAAGAUUUCAUCCGAACCCGCAGCGGCGGCAUUCCGGGGCCCUUCGGAACACCCAACUCUCGAGGCUCUGCUGAUGGCAGCAUGGGUCAAUCAUCGGACCAAAGCUUCCAUGACAUUCCCUUUUCAGGCAGUAUGCACGAUAUUCUUCCCUUGGACUUGUCAUCCCGGGCAACCCCCGACUCCACCAGCACAGCAAGCAGCACUCACCGACACGGCUUUCAAUCACAACUACUCAAUGCCCAUGCUAUACACAAUCCUGUCAACAAACUAGAUUCUCUUAUGUUUCCCUCAGAGGACCCCUUCGCUUACCCUAAUCAACCCAUGAUGGAACUUGGCUUUCAGCCCAAGGCAGAUGCACCAGAAAUCACCAUGGCGGCCCCGAAUGCGUCAUUCUUCUUCACGGGCUCGUUCGAGGAGAUGGGUGAUCAAAUCCUGGGACAACCUCCACCGUACAUGACCCCCCAACAGCAAACUCACCCCAUGGGAAUGGCAGCGUCCAUGUACGACCCGCACGGUAUGAUGGCACUGCCCUCCACUCAGCAGCCACACCAACACAACAGGCAAAUGCAGCAGCAGGCCAUGCACCAACAGCAACAGCAACAGCAACAGCACGACGGCGGUAUUUUCGCCGGCUUCCGUCGUGCUAGAGCGGACCGACAGCAAGAGAGACAGAUCGAGCAGAUGUUCACACAGCAGGGCAUGCAGGCAGACUGGGGAAGCUUUUUUGGCUCUGGGAGAGGUGGCUUCCAAGGAAUGUGA